CGCCGUCCCGAAAAUUAUAGCUAAAUCGAGAUUAUUUCCGUCGUCACAACAUCUCCAUAAUCCCCUCGCGCGCGCUCACGCACGUGCCGUACGCGGCCGCUGCAGGGCGCAGCUCAGUCACCGCUGGCUGCUGAAGGCAGGAGAGGACCAUCUCCAUCCUCCGCAGUCUCCUGCUCAUCCCGCCCGUCUCGCUGAGCCCAGAUCAGACUGACAGCGGCGGCUGCUUCCCAUCACUCCGAGAGCACAACAGCACGUGAAUGGCGACAGAAAGAGGCAGAGUUGUCACAGGGGGGCAGGAGUUGCUCCCUGCCUCCAGAGCUGUCGCUCACACCCCGUGCAGCACACACAUCCGGAGCCUCAGCCACUUCCAGUUCCAGCCUCCUCCGCCUCCACUGCCACCGCCACGCACCUCCCAGUGGCAGGCCACUCUGUCACACAGCAGGAGUCACAGUCACACACACUUUAUCGCUCCCUCACACAUGCAGUCGCAGAAGUACAGCUGCCGCCUCCCGCACAGCCUCUCAGCCAUGACCAAAGGGGACAGGGGAGUGCAGGGGCCUGGGGGCAAACUCAUCAAGUCCAGUGAGCCACUGUUCCACAAAACCUCUCCACAGAUCAACCUAAGCCAGAAGUUGUCCAUCUGCAGCAAACUAUGUUUCGCUAUCGGAGGUGCUCCCAAGGAGGUGGCUAGCAGCGCCACGGCCUUCUUCCUGCAAAUCUACUUGCUCGAUGUUGCUCAGAUCAGUGCCUUCCAGGCCUCCGUGGUACUGUUCACAGGUAAAGUCUGGGGCGCCGUGACAGAUCCUAUAAUCGGAUUCUUCAUGACAAAGAGCAAAUGGACCAAGAUUGGCCGACUCAUGCCCUGGAUGGUGGGUUGCACGCCCUUCCUGGUGGUGUCGUACUUCUACCUCUGGUUUGUUCCUCCGUUCAUCACUGGCAGGUUCAUCUGGUACCUGGGCUUCUACUGCCUCUACCAAACCCUCAUCACCUGUUUCCACGUGCCUUACUCUGCUCUCACCAUGUUCCUAAGCACGGACCAGAAGGAGAGAGACUCGGCCACCGCUUACCGAAUGACAAUGGAGGUGCUGGGGACACUUGUGGGCGCCGCCAUCCAGGGACAGAUCGUGGCCAGCGCUCAUACUCUGAAGCACUGCCCCACUCACAACAUGUCUGCUGGUUACCUUGGAAACAGCAGUGGGGCGGCAGAGAUAGUGAGGAGCCCGGUGCACUUGCAGGACUACCUGUCACAUGCUAAGGAGGUGUACAUGAUCGCCGCUGGUGCGAUAGGAGGAGUGUUCCUCGUCUGUACCGUGGUGAUGUUCCUGGGGGUCAAAGAAAGAGAUGAUCCCUACGCCCCCAAGUCGGACAAGCAGAUGCCUUUCUGUCAGGGCUUCAUCCUGGUGAUGAGACACGGGCCGUACCUGAUUCUGACUGCUGCAUUCAUCUUCAUCACAGCGGCCAUCCAGCUGACACAGACCAACCUAGUCCUCUUCUGCACCUACGCCGCCGACCUGAGGGAUCACUUCCAAAACAUCGUGCUGACCAUCCUCGUGUCUGCGGUGAUCAGCAUCCCGCUGUGGCAGUGGUUUCUGCAGAGAUUUGGGAAGAAGACAGCAGCUUUUUGUGGCAUCACAUGGAUGAUGCCGUUCACCAUGAUGCUGGUGUUCAUCCCUAACUUGGUGGUGGCGUACUUUGUGGCCGUCUCCUCUGGACUCAGUGUGGCUGCGUCACUGCUGUUGCCAUGGUCCAUGCUGCCAGAUGUGGUUGAUGACUUCAGACUGACCAACCCCUUCUGUAAAGGCCAUGAAGCCAUCUUCUACUCGUUCUACGUCUUCUUCACUAAAUUUGCUGCUGGUGUCUCUCUGGGAGUGUCCACCCUCUGUCUGCAGUUUGCAGGUUACAACAAUGGUGCCUGCAGGCAGCCUGCUCCCGUGGUGUACACCCUGAAGCUGCUGAUCGGCGUAGCGCCCGUAGCCUUCAUCGUCACUGGCUUGUUGAUCCUGCUCCUGUACCCCAUCAACGAAGAUGUACGGCUCAGGAACCGAGUCCAGCUGGAGGAGCUACGGAAACAGAGCGUCGGCUCCAGAACGAUGGACGGUUUGAGCAUCAUGUGAGCUGGACAUUUGGAGUGCGUUCACAAAGAAAAGCCACGGAUUCCAGCCGCUAGAGCUGGGAGGUUGUUCUUUGGUGUAUAUUACACUGUUUAAUACUGACAUUGUUUUAUUGUAAACAGGUUUGGUUUUAUUCUCACAUGUACUGUAUAGUCAUCUCAGCCGUAUACAAAUCAUAUAAAAGUGGGACUAAUUUAUAUAAAUGAAUGUAUAUUAUUUGCUGUGUUUGACUCAACACUGUUAUUUAUUUAUGAUACAUGAUUACAGAAAGAUUUAUGAAUAAAUGCCGUAGAGGCUGGGUGGAUAUGGA